AUGAACCUCUUCACUCUAUCUAUCUCUCUCUCUAUCUCUCUGACUCCCUCUCUCUCACUCAUACCUACUUCAGUUUUGGGAAAUGAAGGAGACAUUGCCUGUGUGUUCGUACAUCCUUUCUUUUCUCUGUUGUUUUUGCGUCUUCGGCACUGGCUAUCUAUCUUUUCUCUCACCUGUCGAAAUGCCUGCUUUGGCAACAAGACUUCAACUACUGUGAUCUUGAGAGAGAAGAUUUCUGUGGCUUUUGGAUUGUUACCGCUUCUCUUCUCGUUUUUGCAAACAAUUACUUCAUAUCUAUCUAUCUAUCUAUCUAUCUAUCUAUCUAUCUAUCUGAUCGACUAUAUUAUUCGUGCAGAUUAUUGGAUGAAUUGUUGCUUCUUAAAUAUUCCUUUUAUCUAUCUAUCUAUCUAUCUAUCUAUCUAUCUAGCUAUCUAUCUAGCUAUCUAUCUAUAA